UACACACACACACACACUGACUGAAGACUGGCAGGCGGAUAGAGGCUAGUUAGCUAGUCAGGUGCUAACUCAGCUAAGUGGUAGCAUUGUACCUUCCUCCUCUGGGCACCGUUAUAAUGGUGCGGACGUAAGACGCGAACCCGAAGUUAAACCAAGUGGCAGGUCGUCGUUCGGGUUGUUUGUAAUUAGCUAACCGAGGUGUUGCUAACGCGGAAGGCGUCCACACACACAGUAAUCAAUGGUUAGCUCAGCCCACAGCACAGUCUGCUCAUUGUGAGGAGACAUUUCCCCCUGAGCUGAGGACAGGAUGUCUAAACGUCUGAGAAACACUGAGCUCUGCGCUGAUUGUAAUGUCCCAGAACCUCGUUGGGCCUCCGUGAACAGGGGCGUGUUGGUCUGCGAUGAGUGCUGCAGCGUUCACCGAAGUCUGGGAAGACACAGCUCCCAAGUCCGCCACCUGACGCACACGCCGUGGCCGCCUACACAGCUUCAGAUGGUUCAGACAUUAUACAGCAACGGUUCAAAUUCCAUAUGGGAGCACUCCCUCCUGGACCCCGCAUCUGUGAUGAGCGGGAAACGCAAGGCCAACCCUCAGGACAAACUGCACCCAAACAAAUCAGAAUUUAUAAGAGCCAAAUAUCAAAUGCUGGCAUUCGUCCAUCGCAUGCCUUGCCGAGAGGACGACAGCUCGACAGCCAAGGAUCUAAGUAAGCAACUUCACUCCAGUGUACGCACAGGGAAUCUGGAGACUUGUUUGAGGUUGCUAUCCCUCGGAGCACAAGCUAAUUUCUUUCACCCCGAAAAGGGAAACUCUCCCUUGCAUGUAGCAGCAAAGGCAGGGCAAGUAUCUCAGGCUGAACUGUUAACUGUUUAUGGGGCAGAUCCUGGCGCCCCUGACAGCAAUGGCAAAACGCCCAUCGACUAUGCAAGGGAAGCUGGCCAACAUGACCUGGCAGACAGACUGGUGGAGAUUCAAUAUGAACUAACUGAUCGACUGGCGUUCUACUUGUGUGGGAGGAAACCAGAUCAUAAAAACAGCCAGCACUUCAUUGUUCCACAAAUGGCCGACAGCAGUUUAGACCUAUCAGAACUGGCCAAAGCAGCAAAGAAGAAACUACAGUCUCUCAGUAAUCAUUUAUUCGAGGAGCUGGCCAUGGAUGUGUAUGAUGAGGUGGACCGACGAGAGACGGAUGCAGUGUGGUUGGCCACACAGAAUCACAGCACCCUGGUGACAGAAACAACCGUGGUGCCUUUCCUGCCUGUGAAUCCAGAGUAUUCAUCAACACGGAACCAGGGACGACAGAAACUUGCAAGAUUUAAUGCACAUGAAUUUGCAACUCUGGUGAUCGACAUACUAAGUGAUGCCAAGCGCAGACAACAGGGGAACUCAGUGGCCAGUCCCAAAGACAAUAUUGAACUCAUCCUGAAGAGUGUGGCUAUCAGACACUGUAGCGACAGCCAGGACAACGACCAGCCUGACUAUGAUAGUGUGGCGUCGGACGAGGAUACAGAUCCAGAGCUAAACUCCAGCAAAGGAGACAGGACCAAGAGUCUGGACUCUGACCUCUCAGACAGCCCCAUUACUAUGCAAGAAUACUUGGAAGUGAAACACGCGCUCUCAGCCUCUGAAGCCAAGAUUCAGAAGCUCAUGAAAGCCAAUAACAACCUGAGCGAUGAGCUGAGGCUGAUGCAGAAAAAGAUGUGAGAAGAACAAGUCCACCAUUACUCCAGUUAAUAACAAACACAGUUUAGUCCCAUUUUUUUGUUACCUAUAAAUUAAAGUUAUAGAUAUGCUAUGUCAUGUUACUAACAAGCAUGUUUCAAGAGCAUGACAGGUUUUUAUCCCUUCAUAGUUAUAGUCACUAACUUAAAUUGUAUGUGUGUGCCUUGCUCACAUGUAGUGUGUUGACUGAAUAGAAUGUUUUUAGAUGAUUUCUAGCUGUUAACAUAUGGAUUUAUUGUUGGACAUGUUUUUUAAGCAGAUACAUUUCAUAGAAAGCACGCUCCUCAGCUGAUUCAAGUCUGGAAUAGUGAUAUUGUACCAAACUGCUGAUUUGUAAGAUAUAUUUAUACAAUAUAUAUUUUUGACCACAGAAAUUCUAGAACAUGUAACAGCUAGGUGUUUUGUCAAAAUGAAUCAUUGACAGUGAGGUUACUCUUUUAUUUUUUACAUGUGUUAAAGGGUUUUAAUUUGGUUGUUUGGAAGGAGGGUGCAGAAUUUGUGUCUUAUUUUCUGGGGGUAGACAGUAGACUGUGUAUAAAGACAGAUGACGCGUCUCCACAUCUUCCAGUUUUACAAAAAUGAAGCUAAAAUAUCCGGGAUAUUGUUGCCACCAUCUUGUGCUGGAUGGAGCUGAGCUGCAGUAUCAAGGUCCUGUUGAUGCAAUCGACCGAUGGCAAGUUGGUCUCAGCUGUUAACCAUCACAUAUAUAUACCGUUUUUUAUAGCAUCAACUAAUUUAAUCCAAACUCAUCUGGGGAAUGAACACAAACCUCAGUGUGAUAAGAAUGAAACCAUUCACUAUCUCGGAGGAAGUGAGAUUUAUGACCCUUACUGCAGCCAGCCACCAGGGGUGAUCAAGAUGCUUUGGCUUCACUUUUGGGGGAACUGUCAUGUCGUCCAUCUUUAUGCACAGUCUAUGCAUAGAUACUAAGAUCUGAAAGCACACGUCUUAAUUUGUGGUUGGACCAUUUCUCAACGAAGAACAUUCAGAUAAAGAUGCUGGACAGGACAGAUACCAGUAACCAUAUCUCUAAUGCAGGCUUCUCUUAUAUUAGAACCCUGUUUCUGUAACAAAUCAGCCUUUACCAAACACCAGCAGAUGUUAGUAGCUAAGUCCCUCUACAUCUCAAGUUUCACUUUCUAACACCAGCAGACAAGUUCUCAGCAUUGAAUGCAAGUUACUGCAUUGAUUAAGGCCAGUUCAUCUUUGACAAAAUCUUCUUGAUUUUGUUCUUCUCAGUCUCUCUGUACUGAAGCUGCACCUUGACUUAAACUUCACCUGUGUUGCUGACCUGUGCCACAACCUUUUGCUUGCUUGUCACUUGCUUUGCAUCUCUAGACAAAGGGAAAACCUCUCCCAAAGCGAAAGUCUGGUUAUUACUGUGAUGUUAGGUGGUUCAGAUCAGAGCAUUUAAAAACAGGAAGCUGUUUCAGUAACAGUCACAAGGAUGCUGUGUGGAUAUUUUAGCACAAUGGCACAGGUUUAUUCUUAAAGGAUAAUGUACUAGUGUAGGGUAAUAUAACACAACAGACAUUAGAAAGAUAAAUAUAUAUAUGUAUAUUUAUACACACACACACACAUAUUGGUGGUGACAAGUCAGAAACCUUUGUAGUUUUUUGUUCUUUUCUGUUUUUUUGUGAGAGCCGUAUACAAAUCAUGACUGAAACUCUCCUGGGAAUAAAUAUUUAGAGGAAUAACGGGAGAGAAACUGAAAUGCAGAAUGGAUCAGGACAGGGAACAAAGCUUGCUUUGCUGAAAGCACCUCUUAGUGUGUUGCUGACCGUCUCUUCCAGCUUCAAUCUCUGCAAAGCGACAACUCGUCUCUCAAGCGGCAGGUCACACCCAAUAUCUAUCAGAUCCCCAGCGGUUCAGACUACCCUGACCCUUCCAGUCCCUCAGCCCUGAAACGCCGGCAGUCUGCACAGGCCAGUCGGCCCAUGUCUAUGUAUGAGACCGGCUCAGGCCUGAAGCCCUAUCUCCCUAAAGGGGAAACUUCCUACCCUGAGGAGGGUAUCCCCACCAUGCAACCCUUCCCACCUCAUGUAAGUAAGAAUGUAAGUAAGACCUGUUCCCUGCUCUCCUUUGCCAUUUCCUCUCCUCUGCUAUGUUUCCAUGACUUUCCCUCAUGUAUUCACCUUGUCUGCAAACCUUUCUCCAAAAUGUUUCCUCACUCAUUUACCACUGGGUAGUUUUCUGCAGCAUCAGAGACAGAGUCCUCAAAAAGCACAAGUUCAUGCAUUUCAAUAAGAGUCAGUCACAUUUCAUUAUGUCCAGAUUUGAAGUUUACACAGGACUGUUGUGUGUGUGUGUGUGUGUAUACAGCUGUUGUUUACUGGAGCGCUGCUUGUUCCUCAGUCAGAACGUAGCUGUACAAACAAAGAGAUGCUGUUAUUCUGAUAAACUCUGAAGGUUUUUUGUAUUGUGUUUUAUGUUGAUGAAGCAUUAAAACUACCAUACAAAUA